AUGUCUCGCAGACAAUACGCAAUCUAUGAGAACGGCGCGCUUGCAAGGGUGGCGUUGUUCAACUACAUCACCGAUCCGACUGGUGCGAGCGAUUAUACCGCGACAAUAUCCAUUUCUGGUGGAACUGUCCCGUCGUCCGUUAAGGUCAAAUACUUCCUCUCCGAUUCUGUCUCCACCAAGACCAACAUUACAUGGGCUGGUCAAACUCUGGGCCCAGUCCACCAAGUUGACGGGAGACUUAAAAACGAGCUCAAUGUCGUCAAUAUUGCAUGCGAUACUACCGCCAACACAUGCGCCAUUCCAGUAUCUGCGCCGGCCUUUGCGCUAGUGUUUAUCGCGCCAUCAGCGGACAUUGCCACGGUCACGUUCCCGACCACGGCCGCAACGAACACGAAAAACACGGCGACGGUCGCGUCGGGUGUGUUGGCCACGAGCAACGGGAUGUCGGGCAAGGACUGGAGGCUGGGCGGCACGAGUCCAGGGGGGAAUGUUAGUGCUGCUGUCCAAGCAUCCAACAACUUGAGAACGAGUAUCUGGACGAUCAUAGGACUUCAAGUUGUUGUAAUGACGGGCAUAUAUUUGUAG